AUACUCAAUUACAUGUAAUGUGGAGAUUAAUUAGGGCCACAGUCGGGGCUAUGUACUAGUGAUAAUUUCUCCCGGCCCCUUAGAGGGGAAUCUCGGUUGGGCAAACAUCAAUAUAUAAAUUUUCCACCACAUGCUUCUACUCCUACUACGUACUAACACUCGUGUGUACUAGGGAGGGAAAAAUGGAAAUAUCUUUUCCUUGGAUUCUGGUGGUCACAGUGGUCAUGGCAAUGCCACUUUCAUUUCGCAUAAAAGCAAACCAACUUUCAUACGACUACUACAAGUUUUCAUGCCCAAACUUGGAAAGCGUAAUCAAGAGUGAGUUGCUAGGCAUAUUCUUGACAGAUGCUACUGCACCAGCUGCAUUUCUCAGGCUCAUGUUUCAUGACUGCCAAGUGCAAGGAUGUGAUGCCUCAAUUCUGUUGGAUUCCAACUACCUAGCUCACAGUCACAGCUCUGAAAUGAAAUCUUCAAGGAACUUUGGUAUCAGAAAGCGGGAAACGAUCAGCUACAUUAAGUCAAUAUUAGAAGAAGAAUGUCCGGGCCAGGUUUCUUGUGCAGAUAUUAUUGUAUUAGCUGCUAAGGAAUCAGUGUCAUUCUCUGGAGGACCUCAUAUUGAGAUCCCACUUGGAAGAAAAGAUUCCAGAACUUGUAGUUUCCAUGAGGCUGAUGCUAAGCUUCCUUCACCAACAAUAACGGUUGAUGAAUUUAUAUCGAUUUUCAUGUCUAAAGGAAUGAACAUUGAAGAGUCUGUAUCCAUUUUAGGUGCACAUACACUAGGGAUUGGACACUGCUUCAACAUUGUUGGUAGAUUGUAUGAUCCACAGCUAGGAGACAAGAUGGAUUUUGGGUUUGAAGCCUCUCUAAGACUAGCAUGCCCAACUGAGAUUCCUUUGACAAACUUCACAUUUGUGCCUAAUGACAUGACCCCAGUUAUAUUUGACAACCAGUAUUACCGAGACAUUAUGAUGGGGAGAGGCUUGUUUGGUAUUGACUCCAGCAUUUCUAGAGAUCCUCGAACAGCACCCUUUGUCAUGCGGUUUGCUAUGGAUCAGAACUACUUCUUCAAGGCUUUCUCAUCUGCAUUUCUUAAACUUUCUUCUACCAAUGUUCUCACAGAUGUGCAGGGUGAUGUCCGAAGGCAAUGCAACCAGGUAAACUAAUGCAAAUGGAGUCAAUGUUCUGUGCACAAGGUUUAUCCAAUUCAUAUGGCCUCCUCUAGUAGUGUAAAUCCUAAAAGAUUUAAUUAAUAUAUGACCAUUUUUCUUAUGAUGAAAGUGGUGUUAACCUAGUUGAGAUCAUAACAACCUUCUUGUCCUAGCAUUGUCUUCGUUUCAUUAAAAAAAACAAGAUGCAUGUUGCUACCAAAAAUAAAUUCCAAGUGCAAGGAAGCGAAAGGUCCUUCAAAUU